AUGGAAGGCCGGAAGAAACCCGAAAGAGAGGCGAAGCGCGCGGAGGUCCAACAGGCAAGUCCAGUCCACCCUUUCGUGGAGCGAGACGCGCAGCGCUCGAAGCGUCCUAUCAAAGCUGAGCGACACCAGGUUACAUGUGUGACGCAGUUGGUUCGAUCCGUCUGGUCGAAGCACAUGUGA